AUGACAAUUAAGGCCGGUAUCCUCACCUUGGCCGCGGGCCAGCUCCUGGCCGUCCACGCGCUGGACGACGGCAUUGGCCGAACGCCGCAUUUGGGAUGGAGUAGCUGGAAUGUUGCGCAGUGUAACUCCGCCUCCGAGAAAUACGCCCUCGACACCGCGAACAAAUUCGUCUCGCUGGGUCUCAAGGACCUUGGGUAUGAAUACGUCAACAUCGACGACUGCUGGCUGACCAAGUCCCGCGAUGGCAACGGCAAGCUGGUUCCCGACCCGAACAAGUGGCCCAACGGAAUCAAAGCCGUGGCCGACCAAAUCCACGGCAUGGGGCUCAAGUUCGGUCUGUACGGCUGUGCCGGCCAACAGACAUGUGCCGGCUACCCAGGCAGCGACGGCAGCACACACGCUGCCUCUGACGUCGCCCAGCUCGCCGAAUGGGGCGUGGACUUCUGGAAGUACGACAACUGCUACACUCCUUGCUUGGACAACCCGCCGCCGCAGACCUGCGGGCGGCCGUCCGGCAGCACCAAGACGUGGUAUGCGCCGAUGCGCGAUGCUAUCAUCGCCGCGCAGGAGACGCACCCGAUUCACUUUAACCUGUGCAACUGGGGGCGUGAUAACGUGUGGGAGUGGGGUGCAGAAUAUGGACACUCCUGGAGAAUGAGCGUCGACAACUGGGGCGACUGGGCCAGCAUCGAGCGCAUCGCCAGCGCAGCCGGCUCCAUCGCCCAGUACAGCGGUCCCGGCGGCUUCAACGACCUGGACAUGCUGUACCUCGGCUCAUCCAAGAUCUCAGCCGCCGAAGGCCGCCUCCACUUCGGUCUCUGGGCGAUCGCCAAGUCCCCCCUCGUCCUGGGCCUCGACCUCGACAACAUCCCCUCCGACAUCCUCAAGCUGGUCAGCAACAAGGGCCUGAUCGAUAUCAACCAGGACUCGCUCGGCAAGGCGGCGGCGCCGUUCCGGCCGGCUAACAGCCCGGAGCCGGUGAAUGGGAAGAUUUACCCGUACUGGGCGGGCCCGUUGAGCGAUGGUGUGGUGAUUGGGUUGGUUGCCGGGACGCAAGGGGGCACCUAUGCGGUGAACUUUAAGGAUGUGCCUGGGCUGGAGGACGGUGAUUAUUCCUGGGAGGAGGUGUACACCGGCCAGACGGGCACUGGGUCGAGCGUGUCGUUUGAUAUUGAGCUUCAUGACAUUCGGGUUGUGAAGGUCACGACGGCGUAG